AUGGAAGAAACAGUGAAUGCGGACCAGGAGGAAAACUCGAACGAAAUCUUUGUCUACACUGGGCAGCCUGGGGAAGAGAUUCCAGAUAAUGUUGCUCAUGUUUCUGUUGCAUCCUCGGUAACGAAGAUACAAGACCACGAUUUUCGCUGCUGGGACAAACUUGUCAGCGUCUCAAUCUCCAAGACUGUCCAAACUAUUGGCGAAUCUGCGUUUAUGGAAUGUGCCAGCCUGAAGAAGGUGGAACUGCACAGAGGACUCAAGGUCAUUGGGCGCUACGCAUUUGCAGAAUGUACAGCAUUGAUGGAUAUUGAACUCCCAGACGGCCUAGAAGAAAUUGGGACAGGUUGCUUUUCGAAAUGUUUCUCGCUCCACGACUUAUUCAUUCCAACAACCGUGGAGACCAUUGAAGAGGAUACCUUUUAUUCCUGUGUCUCCCUUGCCAGUGUAAGUCUUCACGAUGGGAUAACUAGUAUUGGUAAGGAUGCUUUCGAUAAUUGCGCAUCCCUACUUGCUUUGGACAUUCCUCGAGGAAUGACAAGAAUUGAAUCCGGUACUUUUCGAAGUUGCGAAUUGUUGCGCAAGGUAUCCAUACCAACAAAUGUGACGAGCAUUGGCGAGGACGCCUUUACUGAUUGUACUUCCCUCGCUGAGAUAGAUUUCCAUGAAGGUCUGAAACACAUUGGCAAUAUGUCGUUUGCUAGAUGCACUUCAUUGAGUACCAUUGCCUUUCCUUCCAGUUUGGAAGAGAUCGAAUCUCGAGCCUUUUGGCGUUGUAGUAGUCUACUCGGCUUUGAAAUUCCAUCUGAUACAAAAGGAGUGAAGAUUAACGAGGACUGUUUCAUGGGGUGUGAAUCGCUGAUAACUUUCUCGAUUUCAGAUGAUUCCGUAAAGGACGUCGCAACCAAUGAUAAUAUUCAGGGGCUUGUCUUAUCGGAAUUUUUUGGUACGAAGACUGCUUGUCGUAACAGAUGGACGGACUUCCCCAUCCAUGAGCUGUGUUACCACUCUUCUCGUACCACAGUGGAAGAGCUUGUUGCAGCAUUCGACGCUAGUGAAACUUUGAAAGACAUUCUGGGAGACACAAUGGGUAUGACGCCCUUUCAUAUUGUCGCAACCUCACCAAAUCCAAGGGUCGAGAUUGUCCAAUGUCUCCUAGAUAGAUAUCCUUUGAUGGCACUGGUGCACAAAGAUACACAGAGCAAGACCAUGAUGGACUAUCUGUUGACGAAUGGCUCCAGCCAGGUCAUUCCUUUGAUACGAUUAGUUUUCCAAACAGCAAUUGCGGAUCGAGUAUCGGGCUGGAGCCCAGUGUGGAACGAGAGAUUUGAUUUGUCAAGACACAUUAGAUCGAUGAUUCGAAGUGAUGAUGAUACCAAACAGCGACGUAAAAAGCUAGUGUUUCAGUUAUUGGAACAUGUGGGACAAUGUAUCAGAAAGGAAACAACAUCGCUCAUGGAACUAUCGUUGUGGAAGAUGAAGAUGGAUACGACAAACAUGGUAGGCACUGUGACUGAUGAUAUCAGCUAUCGAGAGAGCUGUCGACUACAAUGCGGAGCAGAUAUUGUGGUUGACAACGUUCUUGAGUAUUUGAUUGAUAUUGAAGAAUCGAAGUGUUCACCUGCUUUGUCGGUGUUUCCACUUUGCUCUCUCGCAAGUCUGACAGAGUGA